AUGCAACAAGCUAAUCAAGCUUGUAGGGACAUCACAAAUGAACAAUCUUUUGAAGCGGCUAUUAAUAUUUUUGCUGAUGUACCAUGCGCCGUUUGUAAAAGAAGCCUUUAUCCUCAACAGCGUUCCAAUUUACGAGCAAAUAUGUAUAGUAUACUAUUACCUGAAGAACUGGUUGCUUUAGGUACAAUAACUACGUGCUCUCGAUGUAGCAAUAAUAUUAGGAAAAGAAAAAUUCCAACAACUGCAUAUUGGAAUAAAAUGAUGCCCGCAGAAGUACCGCCUGAAUUAGUCAAUUUGACGAGCGUUGAAGAACGAUUUUUAAGCCGCAUCGUACCGUUUUUAAAGAUUGUAAAACUUAAUAACCGGUUCAGUCAAAAUUGGUGUAAAGGGCAGGUCAUUCUAUUUGCAAAGGAUGUUGUGGAAAUUGCUGAACAGUUACCACUGACACCAAAUCAAGCUGGUUUAGUUUUGGUAGUGGAAAGUCUCGAGAACCUUUCAUGUUCUAAAGAAUUCGUCGUGGAUAUGCAAAGACUAAAUCGAGCAUUAACUUGGUUAAUUUCCAAUAACCAUCUUUACAGCGAUGUUCAGGAUGGCGUUGCUUCUGAAACUUUAUCACAACAUUAUAUCACUUUAAAUGACAACAAGGCAAUAUUACGCGGAUCAUUUAAUCAAGGUGAUUUACGAUUUAAUUUAUCUCGGGGUAAGCAAUGUACUGGGAUAGCGGCUGUUGCUUGUGCAGCAUUUAGUGUAUUAGAUCCAAACAAGUGGGCCAAAAGUGAUAUUGAUUACAUUGUAAUUAUUGGCGAUAAAUACUAUAAUGACUGCAUCGCUGCUAGAGAUAAUCCUGCGCCCGGCGAAGUAAAUCCUGAGUACCUUGCUGUUUCAGAUCUUAGUCCAAGACUUAUAUAUAAUAGACAAAAUUUAGUGAUCACAGUACUUGAGGAAACCAAUCAUAAUGGCCACAUAGACAAUGAUAAUACUUCCGAUGGAUUUCCUAAUUUAAAAAAUGCAUUAUUAAGUUUUUUCAGAGGACACUCCAAUGGGAUACUUACAGCAAACGCCAUAUCGAUAGCAGUGCAUUGCAGAACUUUAGUGACAGGGUCCCAAGGGGGCUUCCGCUCCCAUAAAUGGUACCGCUUGUUGCAUGCGAUUUAG